CGGGCCGUGAGCGCCAUGGCCGUGGCCCCCGCGGGUGGCCCAUGCGCGCCGGCGCUGGAGGCCCUGCUCGGGGCCGGCGCGCUGCGGCUGCUCGACUCCUCGCAGAUCGUCAUCAUCUCCGCGGCGCAGGACGCCAGCGCCCCGCCGGCCCCCGCUGGCCCCGCCGCGCCCGCCGCCGGCCCCCGCGACCCCGACCUAUUGCUCUUCGCCACGCCGCAGGCGCCCCGGCCCACUCCCAGCGCGCCGCGUCCCGCGCUCGGCCGCCCGCCGGUGAAGCGGAGGCUGGACCUGGAAACUGACCAUCAAUACCUGGCUGAGAGCAGUGGACCAGUUCGAGGCAGAGGCCGCCACCCAGGAAAAGGUGUGAAAUCCCCGGGGGAGAAGUCACGCUAUGAGACAUCACUAAAUCUGACCACCAAACGCUUCCUGGAACUGCUGAGCCGCUCAGCUGAUGGUGUUGUUGACCUGAACUGGGCAGCUGAGGUGCUGAAGGUGCAGAAGCGGCGCAUCUACGACAUCACCAACGUCCUUGAGGGCAUCCAGCUAAUUGCCAAGAAGUCCAAGAACCACAUCCAGUGGCUAGGCAGCCACGCCACGGUGGGGAUCAGCGGGCGGCUUCAAGGGCUGACCCAGGACCUCCGGCAGCUGCAAGAGAGCGAGCAGCAUCUGGACCACCUGAUGCACCUCUGCACAACUCAGCUGCGGCUGCUCUCUGAAGACUCUGACAGCCAGCGCCUGGCCUAUGUGACCUGCCAGGACCUUCGUAGCAUUGCAGACCCUGCAGAGCAGAUGGUCAUGGUGAUCAAGGCCCCUCCCGAGACCCAACUCCAAGCGGUGGACUCUUCAGAGACCUUUCAGAUCUCCCUUAAGAGCAAACAAGGCCCCAUUGAUGUUUUCCUGUGCCCUGAGGAGAAUGCGGGCGGGAUCAGCCCCGGGAAGACCCCGCCACAGGGGACAGCUUCAGGGGAGGAGGACGGGGCAGCUGACCCUGCCCCCACAGUGCCACCACCAUCUCUUCCCUCAACCCCUGCCACGGAUCUGGGCCAUUCCCUGCUCAGCUUGGAGCAAGAACCGCUGCUGUCCCGAAUGGGUGGCCUUCGGGCCCCUGUGGAUGAGGACCGCCUGUCCCCACUGGUAGCGGCAGACUCACUCCUGGAGCAUGCAAGGGAGGACUUCUCUGGCCUCCUCCCUGAGGAGUUCAUCAACCUUUCCCCCCCUAAUGAGGCCCUCGACUACCACUUUGGCCUGGAGGAGGGCGAGGGCAUCAGAGACCUCUUCGACUGUGACUUUGGGGACCUCACCCCCCUGGAUUUCUGA